UACUAUGCCAUGGGUAUCUAUUGAUUGGAGACAAUGCACUGAUAGGGAGAAGUGCUACGCGCCACAUGGAAUUCAAAUUCACGUCCCGCAACGAACUACAUCUUGAUUGGCUCUCACCAUUGUGUUGUCAGCCAAUUGUGGCACUGAGUAACCCCGCGCUGGUGUGGAAUACUACGACAUGCCUGACCUUAAGUGAGCAUUUGAUAUCCAGACGCAUUCCUAACACCUACUUUAAACAUGAGCGGCAGAGGCAAAACCGGCGGCAAGGCCAGAGCUAAGGCAAAGACUCGUUCAUCUAGGGCUGGACUGCAGUUCCCCGUCGGCCGUGUGCACAGGCUGCUACGUAAAGGCAAUUAUGCUCAGCGCAUUGGCGCUGGUGCACCGGUCUACUUGGCUGCUGUACUCGAGUAUCUGACAGCUGAGAUCCUGGAGUUGGCCGGCAACGCUGCCCGUGACAACAAGAAGACCCGUAUCAUUCCCCGCCAUCUGCAGCUGGCUGUGCGUAACGACGAGGAGUUGAACAAACUACUCGGCGGAGUGACCAUCGCUCAGGGUGGUGUGCUGCCUAAUAUUCAGGCUGUGCUGCUGCCCAAAAAGACUGAGAAGUCCAAAUAA